AUGGCCACCACGGCCACCACCAUCAACGUUUGUCCACUCAGAACAUGGCGUUCACCUUGUGACGACCGCGAUGUGCUACAGGAGCUGCGUCACUUUUGCCAGCUUUGCGGGGCGCAGGGAUUCUUCGGCAAUGAAGACAUCCUUGCAAAGACAGUUGUCAAUCCUGGUUACCACGAGCUGGUACGUCGGGCUAGAGUUUGA